UGAUAUCCUGCAUAACCGACUCUUGACAACAAGGCAGUCGCACCGAAAGGAUUAAAGCCGAGCAGUUUCGCGCGCCAUUGACACAGAGUCGAGAUUGAGAGGAUGACUCCACGCGCGGUAGCCGAGGCGACGGGAGGAGAGCGCGAGAAGAUGCUGUGAUAUGCACAUAGCCAGCGCGAGAGGGAGGGAGAGAGCGCGAGAGGGAGGGGGAGAGGAGGCUCCUACGCUAGUUAAAGAUGCUCGUUUUUUGACCAGGCAUGUGUACUGCAUGAAUAGAGCAAGGGAUUUCAGCAAAAUAAAACCCACUACGUUUAGCGUUCAACAUUGCAAUAUACACUUGGGACGCGCGCGGGGGAUUAACAGUUGGUAGUGAUUGAAGACACUGGGGCUUUCCUUCGCGAAAGGGUGGCUGUUUUCUCCCUUUCUGUUCUCCUAUAUUACCGGAUGUGAGGCCUGGAAUAAACCGUAGUUUUAUUCGCAGACACAGGACGCUCAUCCUUUACAUCAAAACUUUGAUUCAAAUAAGACGAAACUCUUAGUGCUGCGGAGCUCUUGACGCCUCGCUGACAAAAGAGGGACACAAUGCACUUAGAUUAGAGCAGAUAGGUGUCAUAAACAAGAUGUGCGGUUGUUUCGCAGGAUAGAUAUGGCAAAGUUUUUAACAAAUUGGUCACUUCCAGUUUGGCGAUAAUAUCGGUAGGCUACAUGAGUAUCUGUUUUAAAGAUACCGGCUAAUUUAAAUCGAUGAUUUUACACCAGUUUUUCGAAUAUUCUUGUUGUCUUUAGCGGUCUUAAAUAAUCACAGUCAUUUUACAUAAUAGUUGUUCGUAGCUAUUAUCAAAACGCGUUGUGAAUAAGUCAUAUAGGAUCGGCCAAUACUGACAGAUGUAAUCGUGGCCCCCUCCAACAAAUAUCACAGGCCCUUUAAACCGCAAUAACAGCUGUAGUUCAGGGUAUAGGCCUGGCUGGACACGCAACCCAUGAUUUUUGUUACUCUUUUAUUUUUGCAUACGGAAAAUGUUACCGAUUGAUUUCCAUCAGAUGUUUGGGAGUAGGCCACGGCAUUGACAUCACGCCUCAGCAUCCCUGUGUCAUCGCUCGCCGUCUGUGAUGUCUGUACGGCGACGCUAUUACGUGAGCAGGACAGAUUCCCGUGGAUGCAUUUUGAAAACGCACUGAUUUACCCCAUAUAUUGAGACAUAAAAGCGCAUUUGAACGAAAUGUCCAGUAAGGAGUUGUCGGGGAGUCAGGCAGCUCAGUAUGUCGGGCCCUACCGACUGGAAAAGACGCUGGGGAAGGGCCAGACAGGUCUGGUGAAGUUAGGAGUUCAUUGUAUUACAACACAGAAGGUGGCCAUAAAGAUAGUUAACAGAGAAAAGCUAUCGGAGUCUGUUCUUAUGAAAGUGGAGAGAGAGAUAGCUAUUCUUAAACUAAUAGAGCACCCUCAUGUCCUUAAACUUUACGAUGUGUACGAGAAUAACAAAUAUUUAUAUCUAGUGCUGGAGCACGUGUCUGGUGGGGAGCUAUUUGACUACCUAGUGAAGAAAGGCAGAUUGACCCCUAAAGAGGCCAGAAAGUUCUUCAGACAAAUAAUAUCUGCUCUGGACUUCUGUCACAGCCACUCUAUAUGCCACAGAGAUCUAAAGCCUGAAAACCUCCUGCUGGAUGAGAAGAAUAAUAUCAGAAUUGCAGACUUUGGCAUGGCCUCCCUACAGGUUGGGGACAGCCUUCUGGAGACCAGCUGUGGAUCACCCCAUUAUGCAUGUCCUGAGGUCAUCAGGGGAGAGAAAUAUGAUGGACGCAGGGCAGAUGUAUGGAGCUGUGGGGUUAUUCUUUUUGCUCUGCUGGUGGGAGCAUUGCCCUUUGACCAUGAUAACCUGCGUCAGCUGCUGGAAAAGGUGAAGAGUGGAGUAUUUCACAUGCCUCACUUCAUUCCUCCAGACUGUCAGGCUCUCCUCCGUGGCAUGAUUGAGGUCAACCCAGAGAAACGCCUCACGUUGGAAGAUAUACAAAAGCACCCAUGGUAUCAAGGGGGCAGGAAUGAGCCGUGUCCAGAGCAGCCACCUCCGAGGCGCGUGAGUGUAAAGAGGAUUCUGUCGCUUACAGAUCUGGACCCUGAUGUUCUAGAGAGCAUGCACUCCCUGGGCUGUUUCAGAGACCGUGUCAAACUCACCAGAGACCUGCAGUGUGAAGAAGAAAACCAGGAGAAGUUGAUCUACUAUCUUCUGUUGGACAGGAAAGAGCGCUACCCUAGUUAUGAAGAUGAACAUCUUCCACCCAGAAAUGAUAUUGAUCCUCCCCGUAAGCGAGUGGACUCGCCCAUGUUGACCCGUCAUGGGCGCUGCCGGCCAGAGAGAAAGAGUCUUGAGGUACUGAGUGUGACAGAACAGGGCUCUCCGACACCUCCCCGCAGAGCACAGGAUUCCUCUGCACACAGUCAGAGGUCUCGCUCAGUUAGCGGAGCUUCAACCGGCCUCUCAUCCAGUCCCCUCAGCAGCCCGAGAAGCCCAGUUUUCACUUUCAGCCAAACUGAGGUCACCUCUGCUCCCACCACCCAGUCCAAAGACCCCAAACCAGGAAGUUCCACUUCACCCCGGGCGUCCCAACGUGCGCCUGACCCAAAAACCCAGACCCUACCCUCCAAAGCACCCUCAGAGCGUCCACACCUGCAGUCUAUGAAGUCCCUACCCCUGCAGACUCCCCCGUCUCCUUCCCCUUCACCCUCUCCGCUCCUCUCCCCCAUCCCUCGCUUCUUCUUCCCUACUCCUUCUGUCCUGAAGUCUGUCACUAAGACCAUCUAUCCUAACUCUGCCCAUGUGUCACAGGUUACCCCACAGGGCUCCCCACUCCCCACCCCUCUGGGGACCCCUGUGCACCAUCCCCAGCACCCCCCUCCCACCCCGCCCUCCUCUUCCUCCUCUUCCUCCUCCUCACGAGCUGAAGGGGGUGGUGGUGUGGGUGGUGGUUCCCUCUCCCUAACCCCGCCCUCCAGCCCUGGGGGAAGUGGUGGAAUGGCUGCCAGUAGUUCUGCCCACUGGAGGACACGCCUCAACUCCUUCAAGAACAACCUGCUGGGUUCGCCACGCUUUCAUCGCCGAAGACUACAGGUUCCUACUUCAGAGGACAUGUCAAGUUUAACCCCAGAGUCCAGCCCAGAGCUGGCAAAGAAGUCCUGGUUUGGAAAUUUCAUCAGUCUGGAGAGGGAAGAGCAGAUUUUUGUGGUGAUUAGAGACAAACCACUGAGCUCUAUCAAGGCUGACAUUGUCCACGCCUUUCUAUCAAUUCCCUCCCUGAGUCACAGUGUGAUCUCUCAGACAAGUUUCCGGGCAGAGUACAAGUCCUCCGGAGGUCCUUCUGUCUUCCAGAAGCCUGUCAAAUUUCAGGUUGACAUCGCCUUCUCUGAGGGAGAGAGAGAACGAGAGAGAGAGAGAGAGAGAGAAAGGGAGGGAAGGAGGGAGACUGGCAUCUACAGUGUUACCUUCACCUUAUUAUCAGGUCCUAGUCGCAGGUUUAAAAGAGUGGUGGAGACCAUUCAGGUUCAGCUUCUCAGUUCACAUGACCAGCCCUCUGUGCAGGCACUUGCAGAUGAGAAGAAUGGACUUUCGUCAUGCCCACCCAGCACACCAACCCGUCAGAACUCUCGUCGCUCGGAGGGUGGGGGUGAUCGCGGUGAGCGGGCAGAACGAGGAGAAGGGAGCAGUAUUGGGGGCAGUGGAAGUGUUCUACAAAGGAAAGGUUCUGGCAAGGAUAAAACUCGCCUCCUUUCCUCAAAUGGAACCCAGUCUCAGCCCUAAGCAAACUCUUCAGAAUUGCUGUAGAGUGGGUGGGCAUAAGCCCCUCCCCUGUUUUCCCUUAGAGACAACCUGUUUUCCCACAUAGACCAUCUGCACAGUAAUUAACAACAGGUAUACUAAGCCCAGAUUCUCACAUCAAUAGCGGAAACCCUGUGGUCCAGCUGCAACAGUUGGAGAGUCAGGAAUCUAUCCACAUGGAAGUGUUCUUACUCCUUGACAGCAACAUGCAAAUAAUCAACUAUAGAAAAAAAUACACUUCCAGAGACGAUUAAAAUCACUUAUCCGUCUGAGGAGCAAUGGAUUUGACAUGCGAAAACAACAAGAUUUACUGCUUUACAAUGUAAACCUCAGCUAUAAAACAUUUUAUUCAGCAACAAUACAAACAAGGAGUUUGACUUCCAUGGCCGUAUCCAGUGAUCUAAUGUCGACAAGCUUAUGGAGGAACAAACAGCAAGAAAAGAAUGUCUCCCAAACAUCUUCAUCACUGUCACUGUCAUCAUCAUCACUAUUAUCAUCAUUCUAAUGAGCAACGAUUUAUCAAAAUCCAUAAGAAUAUCAGAAUGAGUUGUUCACCACAUGGAGAACAAAAAGGAAUUUUUUUUUCAGAGCAGGAAUCAAAGUAGGAAUCUAAAUUUUAUAACCCAAGGAUUCUACUUUGAAGUAGUCGAAGUCCUUUUAUAUGGCUAUACCUUCAUGAGGUAAUCACAGAUUAUGCCUCCUACCUGGAAAAAUAGUGUGAUGUUUAGUGUUAAAGAUAUAGGCUACUUUAAACACUAAUCAUUCAUACAUGUGUUGUAGAGCUUGAACUCUGAUAUUUUAUAGAUCCAAAACUGUUUGACAAAAUCAGUAGUGUUGGAAACGUAGUGGAGAGCUGCCCACUUGAAACUGCCCAUGCAUUGGUCUGUUGUAAUUCAUCAGUUUUUAGAGAUCCUCAAAUCCCCUUCCCUACUCACUAAGAAGGGCACAGAGGAAUGAAGAGGCAUCAAGACUUCCUAUGACACGUUCAUACAGAGACAGGACAAGAGGAAAAAGAUAGCCAGAGUCAAACUCUCUAAUGUCAUGCAAAGAAGUAGGGAGAGGAAAAGAAACUUGAAGGCCUCCAUUUUUUAGCUGAGCUGUGAAAAGUUUGCCAUCAACAAAAUGGGAAAAAACAAACAAAUGAAUGUCCAAAACAACAACAAAGAGAUAUUUAAAUAUUUACUUUGUUUAUUUAAAGACUUAUUUAUUUAUUUAUUAUUAUUUUAGUGAAUUUUAAUUUAUUUAUUUAUUUGAAUAAAUUCAGGCUGUUAAAGAAAAGAAGUACAGGUAGAUCAAUAAAUCCACAAUACAGAAAAUGGCAGAUUAUAUUUGUUUCCAAAUAUAUUUAAAAAAUGCGUCAAAUUGUCCUUUUAAAAAUAAUUUCAAAAGUCCUAAUUUCGCUCAUCUCAUUUUCAUUUCAUUUCUAAAAAACAAACGUCUCUCUCAAAGAAGAAAAUUGGAGAACAACUUUGAGAAAUCAACCAAGCAGUGACUUCAUGCCUUGGAAGUCUCCCACUGGGAAUAUAUUUCUAAACCCUCCAGGAUGUACAAUGUAAAGACUGAAGUGAACCUUAUAGAAGCAGAGAAACAAAACAAAAAAAGAGGGAAUAUUUAGCCCUCUGUGUUCACUCUCCAUCUUUGAGAAUGUUACCCAAACAAGAGCCCAAAGUUUCAGACUCGUGUGUGCCAGGCCAGACCUUUGUACUAAACGCGAGCAGUAUUCUCUCUUUUUUCACACACGUACACACACAGACUCAAAAGACACAAAAUGACUGUCAAUGAGAAGGCUUUUCUUCUCAAAACUGAUAAAAUAAAACAAAAUGAAUGAUAACUGGACUUUGAAACUGGAAUGCACUGUCCUAAAAAGAGAAUUGUAUUCAAACAAAUAGUUGUCCCUUUCCUUGCCCACCCAUGGGAAUCGGUGAAGUGCUCUCUUAAGUGCAGACUCAGGAUCAGUGGGGCUUUUUAGCUCAUUAAGUUUAAGAUCAGGUCGUGAAUGGGGGAAACCUGAUCCUGAAUAUCCACUUAAAAGCUCUUUCUCCAAUGAGCCUCUGUAGCCCAGAAUCUUACCGUAAUGCUCCUUUCUCCCACCCUUUCAUACGCACCCUCUAGUCCACUCUUUUCCUGACACAAGUAGCACUGAAUGCAAAGCAAGGUUUUGCUCUGGUCCUCCCUCCGCCCACCUCCCACAACCAUAACAUACACUCUCUCCCUAAAAUAGACAACUGCUGGGAAUAGCAAAGUGGAUAGACAUUUACACCAAGCUUCAGACUGUUUUGUCUACAAGACACUCUUGCAUCUUCAUGAUGUUUUGAAAUGAUUUUCAAUAGCACAUUUAAUAUAUCUCACUGGAUGUAAUGACAACUGUUCAGUCUGUUUCAAACUGUUGAAUGUUCAGGAGCAUUGGUCAUUAGUUAUAAUAAGGGGUAGAUUCCUAUUUUAGUACACUCCAAAUGCCUUAAAUCCAAAUAUACAAAAUAGUUAGCAUGUGCACUCUGGGUCACAGUCGUACCCAAUCACUUGCAAAUGCCCGAGCAGAGGCAGAGGAAACUCCAGAGCAAAACCCUGAGGAUGUUCUAUGUUCAAUUAUGUUAAUUCUCAGGCAGGGGAAGUCUGGGAGUGUGCAAAUACAGACUGUCUGGACACCAGCUCUGAGUGAAUGUGAAAUACACUCCACUUUCUCUGUGUCCCACCUGGAUGUGUCUGUUUCUCGUUCCUUUCACAUUGUGCACUGAAUUACAUUUUGUUUUUGUUACUCGCAUCUCCCUCGAAACACAUACUCCACACAUAUCACAUUUCAUAUGUAUCCAUAGUCUUCACUCAUUUACCAUGCAUUAUAUACCUCGGCCUUCUGCUGCUCCCCCCACACUCAUCAUAGGAUUAUACUUUAAUCCAAGCCCUUUCCCAUUCUAUCAUUAUAUACAUAUUCCCUGCCUGCCCCCAACGUAUGCUCAUUCCCCCUAAUCUCUGUUCAUUAUAAACAGAAAAUAUUACUCAUAUCUUCAUUCUUUAUCCAUUCUAUAGUCACCUAAUGAUUAUUGAUUAUCUUUGUCAUCAUUACUGAUUACUCCUCUUAAGAUUGUAAAGCUGUACUCUUUCAUCCCCAUCGCGCACAGUUGGAACUUUUUCAUGAGAAAUGCAAGUCAAUAAUUUGGAGGGAAAAAAUAAUGAUGAGAAAAUAAAUGUAUGUGUUAAAAAAAAUGAAAGUGCACUAUUAUUAUUGCCUGUGAUGAACAAUAAACAAUAAAAUAAAAAAA